CCCUCGGCGUGCUUUCCUCUUUGAUCAUCACAUGCAACUAGCCACUUUUAAUUUACUUCCCCUCCUCCUAUAUAUAAACUGAGAAACCCUCAUUUUUUUUCCAAAUAAAAUCGAAAAUGGAAUGCCGGACAUUCGAGAUAACCCUAAUCUCCGCCAACAACCUCGAGAGGCUGACGCGGCUGCUUCGGAUGAAGGUCUACGCCACGGUCUCCAUCUGCGGCACCACGGAGGUCCAGAGGCGGACGCCGACGGACUGGCACGGCGGCUCCAAUCCGGCGUGGAACUUCACGGCGAGGUACAACCUGAACGAGCAGAAGGUACAGCACUUCGGCACAAUGCUUGUGGUGAAGCUCUUCAGCUGGAGGCGCCUCGCCUGCGACCGCUACAUCGGAGAGGUCCACACCUCGCUCAAGGAGCUCUUCGACAUCGCUGCGGCCAGCGGUGGGAUCGCGGUUCUGACCUUGCCGGUGCAGAUCGGGAGCGCUAAUUCGCAGGGGGCGGUUAGGUUUUCGUAUCGAUUUGGGGAGAGAGUUUCCAUUGAUAAGAUGCUGUUGGCUGAGAGCCUUGCUGGCUGGUCGCAGUGCUAAUAUUUUCUUCCCUUUUUUUCACUUUGAUUUAUAUAUAUAUAUAUGUGUGUGUGUGUGUGUUGCACUUUUUGUGUUGGUCGGAAUUCGGCUACCUUAGGACCAUUAUAGUUAUGACUCCUUUUUAAAUUUUUAAUGGUGGUGUUUGAAUCUUAAAUUUCUCUGUUACAUACUGAAGUCACAAUAUUCGACAAUUAAUGUUGUGAAAUUGGAGGUGUUUCUCAUGUUGCAAUUUCUUGUGUUAAAUUAAAAUUCUGGGUAAUAUCAUUGGGUUGACCAAAGAUGGAUGACCGGCAAAUAGAUUGACAAGAAUAUGGAUCGCAUACGUCUUUGCUAACAAUUGAUCAUAGAGUAUUGUUUUCUUCUCGUUGUUUUUGUCAAAUAUACCAAAUCAAGGAA